GAGGGCCGUUAUUUUCAUGAUCAUUGUCAAAGGACUUUUAUAAACUUUUCAGCAAAGAAAGUGGGUUUUAUUUGAAGUACAAUUCAAAGAGUGAUCAAAACUGGAUUUAUAUUAAGUUACUAAGGCAUCUAUUUGCUGUAAUUUGAUAUUUAAUUUAAGUGAAUUACUAAAGAAAGAUGGUGACUGCACAUACACUGUUGCUUUGAGACUUGUAAGAUGUGAUUAGUCACAGGGAUUGUGCUGUGAACGUAUAUAUAUGAAAAACAUUCGUAAUGGUACAGAUAUGUUGUGAAUAUUAGACCAGGAUCAGGAAGAUAAAUAUAUUUACUGUUACAAAAAUGACAGGAAUGAUCUCUUAAUUCUUGGAACAAUUACAGUAUGUGCACAAGUGAUUUAAUACGAUAUGAAAAGGGGAGGUAAUUUAGAUAAGGAUUUUAAAUUUUAUCAGUAAUAAUUACCUAAAGACUACAUGGAUUUUAUUUUUCGUUUGUUCGAUUCUAAAAAUAUUUUUUUAUAGAUUUUGUUUGUUGUUUUUGUGAUAAAAACUAGCGAUUUAUUAUGAGUGAUAUAGUUUUGAACGAGGUGAAACGUUCGGACUCGAACUGUAGCCGAGUGUCGUCUGCUGGAAGUAAUGUGUCGUCUGAACCUUCCUCUCCGGGAGAAGCUUUUAAAGACUUGAAACUUCGUAAAACCGGAGGUGAAAUAUUGCUAUCUCGAUAUCUAAAGUUUGUGAAUCCGGAACAGUCAGGGUAUGUUGGUUUUGCCAAUCUCCCGAACCAGGUUCACAGAAAGUCUGUGAAGAAAGGAUUCGAGUUCACACUCAUGGUUGUUGGAGAGUCUGGGCUGGGUAAAUCAACAUUAGUUAACAGUUUGUUCCUGACAGAUCUCUACCCAGAGAGACUGGUACCUACAGCUAGUGAGAAGAUUCAACAAACUGUAAAAAUAGAUGCCUCAACUGUUGAAAUAGAAGAACGAGGGGUCAAGUUACGAUUGACUGUUGUGGACACACCUGGAUUCGGCGACUCAUUAAAUUCUGUAGACUGUUUUAAACCAAUUAUACAGUAUGUAGAUGAUCAGUUUGAACGUUACCUUAACGACGAGAGUGGUCUAAAUAGACGACAUAUUAUAGACAAUCGUGUUCACUGUUGCUUCUAUUUCAUAAAUCCAUCAGGGCAUGGUUUACGUCCAUUAGAUAUAGCAUUUAUGAAAGCAGUUCACCAUAAAGUCAAUAUAGUUCCAGUUCUUGCCAAAGCAGACCUGUUAACUAAAAAAGAAGUGCUAAAUCUCAAGAAAAAGGUUAUGCAACAAAUAGAACAACAAGGUAUCAGUCUAUACCCACUCCCAGACUGUGAUGAUGAUGAAGAUGAGGAUUAUAAAGAACAGUGCCGACAACUCAAGGCGGCAGUUCCGUUCGCUGUUGUAGGUUCAAACACUAUCAUAGAGGUGAAGGGUAAGAAGGUCAGAGGUCGAAUGUACCCAUGGGGCGUUGUUGAAGUGGAGAACCCAGAUCACUGUGAUUUCAUCAAACUUAGAACUAUGCUCAUAACGCAUAUGCAAGAUUUACAAGAAGUAACGCAGGAAGUACAUUAUGAGAACUUCCGUGCAGAAAGACUUGCCUCCGGUGCCCCUAUGCCAGCUAAAAAACCUAGUUCCCGUCGUCGCAUUGUUGAGGAACCAGUCGAUCGCACUCAAAAUAGAAAUGACAAUCAAGUUGACCAGAGGGAACAAGCUCUUCAGGAAAAGGAAAAGGAGUUGAGAAAAAUGCAGGAAAUGCUGGCCAAAAUGCAAGCAGAGAUGGAUGCUCAGAAAGGGGGCACACAAAAUGGUGUCAGGUCUCACAAUGUAUAGAAGAUUGUCGAUGUUUUUCAACUACCGCAUAAUGAACAAAUGGACUGCUGAUAGAUUAAAACAAAUAUGCCAUUUGCUUUCUAGUUUACAUGUACAUGUAUAUGACAUUCGUAAAUGAUAGUGCUACCAUAGUUGUUCAGCCAUUUUACUGGUCAAAAAAAAAGGGAAAACAAGAAGAAAAUAUUCGGCUAUUCACAGAUGUUUGGAAAAGAUGUUUUGAAUUAAUAGAUUGUAAAGUUUGCAGAAUUUUUUUUUUCAUUUAAAUGAAUUUUUCAAUUAUUGUGUUUAAUUUUUGACGGAUUUUCUUAUUUUGCAAGAUUUUCAAAGUUUAACUCGUACACCUGUUACUACAUAAUGUAAUGGACUUGGUCCAGCUUUUAAUUCAGAAUAGUUCAUUAUUAAGUUUUAGGGGUGUCAGGCGAAAAAUAAUAAAUUUUAGUGAAUGAUUUUAUAAUUUUUUCUUUUUUGAAGGACAUUGGUAAAAGUUUGGAAGGUGUUGGCCUGAAGUUUUUGAUGCGUUAAUUUGGAAUAAUAAUAUUAUACUGUAUUUUAUAUGUUGAUGUGACAUGCCAUUUUUUUAGAAUUUUUUUUUUAUUCAUCAUACUUUAUGUUAAAGACAAUGUCAUAGAGAUAAGUGGUCCAAACAUCAGGUUCUUUAACAUUUUUACAAGGUAUUACAUGUCCGUUGCCUUUACAGGGUCCACUGUUUAUGUUUUUCAUGUAUAUUAUAAUUCAACAGUGUUGCUUUGGAAAUGUGUUUGAACAUAUAGAUUUUUGUUUCUUGCCAUGUUCUGGUUAUUAUUCCAUCUCAUUGCCAAAUACUAGUAUUUGGGCACCAUUUUUAUUUUGUUCUUGAAUGACUUAGAGAUGGAUAGAUUGUUCUUGUUUAGAAGAUUAUAUUAUAUAGAGGAUAUUUGUUUAGGUCAGUGUAAGAUCUGGAUAUAUUUCACCGAAUGAGCACCAAAAGGUAUAUUUCACGAGUGGCACAGCCACGAGUGAAAUAUUAACUUUUGGUGUUCACGAGGUGAAAUAUAUCCAGAUCUUACACUAAACAAAUUUUCUUUUUAUUAUAUGCAAAGAAAUGUGUAAAAAAAACAUUUAACCUAAUACUAAAUAAAAAGUGCGCCAAAUAAUAGUUAUGUGAUGUCAUUUACUAUGUCACAUCAUUAAGUUGUUUUCCAGUAAUGUGCAGGCUGGUAUUUCACUGAAAUAACCUCAAAACAGUGAAAAAUAUCAAAUUGAUAAUUUCACUGUUUCAAACAGUAAAAUAUUAUGUAUUUCACUGAUAUAUUUCUAUAAACCACCAAAAAGCAUGUAAUAAAUUGUAUACUAAGCCUUGGUCCGAGGUUAUAAAGAAUUUUUCUCAGCUCAGACUGGUAACUCGGAUAUUUGAUUGGUCGAAAACUGCCACAGAACUUGCACUGACCAAUGAAAAUCCUAAGAUCUGAGACAGAGCUCAGAAAAAUGUUUUCAUAAUAUCAAAGCCAGAUCUCUGUAAAAUAGAUUGAUGACAAGAUAUUUUGUCUUAGAAAUAAGUUUGAAUCUCUUACUAUGUUUUCAUUUAUAUUGUUUGUUUUCUACAACCAUGUACAUGUAUGUUAGAGGCGUCCGUGGCCGAGUGGUUAAGGUCGUUGACUUCAAACCACUUGCCCCUCACCGCUGUGGGUUCGAAUCCCGACAGGGACUUUGGAUUCUUUCAAGUGAGGAAGCUAUCUAGCUAGCUUACGGAACGUUGGUGGUCCUACUCAGGUGGCUGUUCGUGCUAGAUUAAUGCACAGAAUGGCACCUGAGGUCUUCCUUCACCAGUAAAGCUGGAACGUCGCGAUAUGACCUAUACUGUGUUGAUGUGACGUAAAACCCAAAAACAAACAUGUAUGUUGCCUAGUAACUGUACAUGUGCCAUGUAUUCAUAAUUGGUAUUGGUCCCACCGUUUACAUAUAUUAGUCAUUGCUUUGAGGGCGUUAUGUUUAUGUUGUAUAAAGGCCAACUUUGAAAAAUUGUUGGUAAAUUUUUAUUAAAAAAUCUGAAAAUUCAAAUAACUUUUCUCAAGUUUGAACGCAAAAAUAUUUUUUUGCGUUAAAAGAAUAGUGCAAAAUGUUAAAACCUUUGGUUGGUUACCCUGUAUUAUUUUAAAGCCAGAAUUAAGCUCUCUUGUAUUAUUUACAAACAUAUCCAAUCCUAAAUCUGACUGUUCAAAAGUAUUUUAUUUACAUUUUGCAUUGUGUAUCAGAAAUUAGAUUAUAUACAUGUAUAAUUUUGUUACCUUUCCCUAGAUUUUUGUAUUUUUCUCAAAAAAAAAGCCAAAAAAGUUACAUUAUUUUAAGGUAGAAAUUUGCUGAUCUCCGUUUUUUCCAUUAUUUUAUAAAAAAAAGAUUGAAGUUUCUUGUUUGCUUCUUCCAUUAUGCUCAGAAUAGGCUCAGUGAAUGCUCAUAAAAUGGGACAUGAGUUACCUCCCCUCAUGGCCAUAAAAUGAAAUUUUAGGACAAUGAUGGUGUAUCGUGUUUGACUAGCUGUAGGCAGUUAUUUUUAGAGCAAUUCGACAAGUUUGUACUUAGCAAGUAAUUGUAGAUAGUUUUUCCAAGAAAAAAACCCAAAAAUAGUAGAAAAACCUAAGCAAUAAGGGCUGUUAAGUUGGAAAAUUUGAUACUAUUUUUAGGUCAUUAUGUGUAUAUGUAGGAUUUUUUUAUAGUAAAUGUAACUGAUUCUCAUAUUUCAUAUGGUGUGAUGUUUUUUUUAUGUUUAUAUGUACAGUUUCUUAAGGAUCAACUUGGUAAAUGAGGCAUAUAAAGUUUGUGCAAUAUUAUCUGUUAUGAAUUCUUUCAACUUCUAACUUUGUAUGUUAUAAUUAAUCAGUGUAUAGUAAUUAUUUUCCUUGUCCCCUUCCUGAAUUUUUAGAAUGGACUUGCCCUUUGGAAUUGGAAUAACCCAUUGUCAAUACAAGGGGCAUAACUGAUGAAAUGUUGUUAAACUUUGAGCAACGGACUGUAUAUUAAACUAAUAGAUAAAAAAAUGCGUUAAAUAAAUUUAUAUAAUUAUCAGUUGUAUAAUUAUCAAUUUGCGAGUGAUAUUGCUAUAAAUUGUAUCCAAUCUUUUAAAACCUCUCGAUGAAGGUUUACUAUCAUUGGUCAGUAUUGAAUAUUAAUAAACCAAUGAAAUGCUAGCUUUUAGACCGGUUUCCAAAACCUGAAAUAGAAACAUUAGAUAUCAGUUUUCAAGUAGACUGCUUUUUAUUUUUUUACAUUUUCACAAUGUUUGUCUUUUUUCACAUAAAUAAUAUUAAUAAUAUUUAUGAAAAGUUUUUUUUGAAACUUUCUUUUUUCUGGACUGUGCCAUCUUGUUGUUGUCUUCCAUUUCUCAAGAUUUAUUUUUAAGAAAAAAUUAUUCAGACAUUCAAGAAUUUAGAACUUCAAUUUUACCCCAGCUGCUAAUUUCCAGAUGCCAUUUAUUUGUAUAUUUUACGUAAAAUGUGAUUUGAAAUUAGCAGGCAAAAAUCAGGUUCAAGUAUAUCAUCAACUUUAGAUAUAUAGUGCCUUCUUUGUAACAAAUAAUAACAAGUUUUAUUUCAUUUUUCACUGCUUAUAUUUUUUCUCUGUAUUAUUUUGUAUCUACAUGUAUUUCAUGUGUAUUGUAUGAGAAACCAUGCAUAAAAUAAAAAUCAAACAUUUAUCUGUAAAUGAUGUAUAAAUUACAUUGUAGUCUCUUUUACUUCAAAUAUUAAAAUGAUAAGAAACA